CCAUCCUUGACACCACUCUCUCGUCUAUCUUGUUUCUUCCCCGGCUGGUUCACCACCCAACGGUUCCAACCUCCACCGCUCCCCACUCCACUCGAUCCCCACGCGCGCACGCAUCCCUCCCCACAGCCGAGGAAGAGAGCCCAACAAGAAUCCCAAGAGGAGAGCUCCUAUCCCCGACCAGGAGCGGGCAAUGUCAGUUCAGGACCCGUCCCCCGCGCCGCGACCCAAGCGCACGUCGUCCGCGCCGAUCCGACCCUGCGACUACGCGCACAGCCCGGCGCACCACUGCGUCGCGCUGCGGGACGCCGCCGGCAUCUCCGCCAUCCUCGCCGGCCUCCCGCCCCUCGCCCACCCCUCGCGCAUCCUCUCCGCCGCCGACGCCGCGCGCGAGGCCCGCCUCUCGGCCUCUGUCUCCGCGGCGCUCGACCGCCGCGACGUCCCAGGUGGGGACACCGCGCUCCACCUCGCCGUGCGGCUCCGGCUCCCCUCCCUCGCCUCCGCGCUCGCCGCCGCCGGCGCCGACCCCACGCUCCAGAACCACGCCGGGUGGACGCCGCUCCAGGAGGCGCUCUGCCUUGGAUGCAAGGACAUCGCGGCCUUCCUCCUCCGCGCUCACCGCCUGGCGGCCUGGGCCAAGCUCCGCCGCCGGGCGCCCGCGCUCUCCGCCGCGCUGAGCCGGGUCCAGGACUUCUAUCUCGAGGUGGAUUUCCACUUCGAGAGCUCCGUCGUGCCGCUCCUCUCGCGCGCCGCGCCGUCGGACACCUACCGGAUAUGGAAGCGCGGCGCCAACCUGCGCGCGGACACCACCCUCGCCGGCUUCGACGGCCUCCGCAUUCGGCGCGCCGACCACUCUUUCCUCUUUUUCGGUGAGGAGACUGAGGCCGGCGGCCGACGCCUUCCCCCGGGAUCGCUCCUUGUGCUCCACCGCGGCAAGCGCGAGGUGCAUGACGCGUUCGCCGCGGCCGCGGCCGCCGGUGACGAGGAUGCAGCCACCUCCGACGCGGCCGCCUACAGGCCGGGGCUCAACAUCACCUCCGCGAGGCUCGUUCAGAGAACCACUUGGCUGCGCAAGGAGAAGACGGAGAGCGUUGGGGAGUGGAAGGCGAGGGUGUUCGACGUCCACAACGUCGUCUUCUCCUUCCGCACGCUCAAGGCAGCCAGCACGGGCCGCAAGGACUUGACCUUCGAGUUUGCCGGAGAUGACGACGAGGAGUUCUUGCCGCUGGAGAUCCGGGAUGAUGACGAGGACGGCGAUUUCUUAGUCGCCGACAUCCCCCCGCCCCCGCCACGGCGCAGCUGCUACGUGCCUGGCCGGCGCAGCGUGGCAGGGCCACCCUCCCAUAUGGGGACGCCGCAGAGGAGGAGGAACAGCGUGGACGUGCCGCGACGGCUGCCAACCUGUGCAUCCGUGGGCCGCGGCGAGGACGGCGUCUUCAGCCGGAACGCCACGACCGGGGGAGCCAAGUGGAAGGAGGAGGAGACGGUGAAGACACUGCGGCCAACCGUGUGGCUCACUGAGGACUUCCCGCUGAGCGUCGACGAGUUCUUGCCUCUGCUGGACAUCUUGGCUACCCGUGUGCGCGCCGUCCGCCGCCUCCGUGAGCUGCUCACCACCAAGUUCCCGACUGGGACAUUCCCGGUCAAGGUUGCGAUCCCUGUUGUUCCGACUGUGAGGGUAGUCAUCACCUUCAACAAGUUUGUUCCCCUGGUAGAGCCAGAGGAGUUCUUCACGCCGAUGUCGAGCCCCAGCCUGCUGGCGAGCCCUGGUCCGGGGUCCAUCAUGCCUAAGCCAGACACCCACAAGAGCUCGUAUCUGAGGUGGACAUCCAAGAACUCGAGAGCAAAGCCAGUGAACCUGUCGCAGGUCGCGGACAACACCGACCCCUUCACCAUCCCCAGCGACUACACCUGGGUAAACCUGGGUGCCACCAAGUCCCAAGACAAGAAGCUAUCCAAGACCAGUAAAAAGGGCAAGAGCAAAGAGACCUAACUAAACCAACUAGCGGUUUGAAUUGAUCAUCUGGUCUCUAUUUAGUGGGGAGCUAAUAUACCAUGACCCAGAACCUGUAAUUACCAAGCAUCUGGGAGGAGCCCCGGGUUAGGGUUUAGGUUGGCGACGAAGAACGGAAGCAGCUAGUGUGGAACCUCUUAUGUUUUACCUUUUGUUGAUUGACCCUUCUUCUUCAGCAAUAUUGUUGUACUUGUA